CCCUUAGCGGUUUAUAAGCAUUUCCUCGCUGGAUCUUUAUUAGUCAUGGCGAAGCUUGUGUUUGUGGCGGUGGUGUCGGUGCUUUUUGCAGCCUGUUAUGGAGAGAGGAUGGUCGGGGCUCCGAGGGAGCUGAGCGUUGAUGAUAAGGGUUUGCAGGAAGCGCUGAGGUUUGCCAUGUAUGAGUAUAACAAAGGCAGCAAUGAUAUGUACCAGAGCCGUCUGGGGAAGGUGCACAACGCUACCAUGCAGCUGGUAAAUGGAUACAAAUAUGACAUGAAUGUGGAAGUUCGCAGAACAAAAUGCAAAAAACCAACUACGGAUGUUAAUGGGUGUCCAUUCCAUGAAGAUCCCACCCUUGCUAAGGCUAUAAUGUGCCACUUCACAGUGGUGAAUCGUAUGUGGGCAUCAAAAAUUUUCAUGGAUACUGUGAAAUGCCAAUAAAUCUGCUGUCUUUCAGGAUAUUGAAAUCUAAACUUUUAAAUCUGUUUUACAAAGUAGGAAUUCUGAAGAGGUUUUAUCCUUUCAUAUUUUAACUUUUGGGACUUGGCUAAAAAUAGUGAUUAAUAAAAUUUUCUUAACUGCCUA